UAAAAAAAGAUACCAUAAUAAAACGCUAGUUUUAGUUACUAAGGUUAAGUUUUAAAUUUUAUUAAAAUAUAAUUAUACAUUCAAACAUUUUAAAAUCAUCUCACAAUUUGCGCGUUUCAAGUUUUUUAAGUUAACAGUAAUUAUAAUAUUUCCAAUAUAUAAUUGAUAAACACUAGUGAUGAAUUUAGCUGUUAAUGAUACUGUGAUUGUAGCGGCAAAAGGAAAUUUUGUUGACUGUUACUCUAAUUCAAAUCACAAUGUUAUUGAUACAGGUGGAAAUAUAACUGAUAUGGUUAUUUCAAACGAUGAUAAAUAUCUAGGAUUGUUAUUGGAUCCUAAGCAACUUCAAGUGUACGAGUUGCCGCAAAUGAUACUAAAAAAAACAUUCAUAUUACCAAGAAGCGCUAGUAAAAUCAGAUUUGGUGUAGAAAAUACUCAUUUAUUUGUUGCUGAUAAAACUGGUGAUGUUUUGUUCUAUGAUACUUCAAGUGAUGAAAGUGGUGUGAAGCUUCUUGGCCACUUGAGCCUCCUCUUAAAUAUAUUACAGAGUAAGGACAGUAAAUAUUUAAUUACCUCAGACAGGGACGAAAAGAUUAAAGUUUCACACUAUCCCAACACAUAUUCAAUACUUACUUAUUGCCUUGGACACAAAGAAUUUGUAAAUCACAUUGAGUUUUUACCACAUGAUGAACGGUAUUUACUAAGUUCAUCUGGGGAUGGUACUAUUAAGUGUUGGGAUUAUAUUAAAGGUCACCUAUGCAGCAAUAUUGAAACGAAGAAUGAUAUUCAAGAUGAUUUGCUGAAAGAUGAGUUUAAAAAUUUAAUGGAUAGUGAUGGCAUUGAAGUGGACAGCCUGCCUAUUGUACAUUUAAGUUCAUCUCAAUUAAAUAACACAACAAGUUUAAUUGCAGCCACUAUUCAUUCUAUAAAAGAAAUUUUUAUAUAUUCACUGGAAACAACUAAUUUGAAAUUUUAUAAUAAAUUAUGUAAUAAGAUAUCAAUUGAAAACUUUCCUGCAUCUAUUAUUUUCCAUAAAUUAUCUUUGUAUGUUCUUGAUUCUACAAGAAAUAAUAUAAAUGUGUAUAAGUUUUCUGAAAAUCAGAAUAUAAUAUCAACAAAUAUUAUAGAUAUGUUUGUAAGUAAAAAUAUUGCUUUCGAUAAAAUUAAUGAUUUUGAGCUCAUUAAAGUUCUAUUCAAAAGAAAAUUCGACAAUGUUCAAGAGUAUCAAGAAAGAAAGAAGCGGAGGUUGGGAGGCAACCUACUAAAUUAAAUAUUGUUAUUGCCUAAAAAAUUUGUAUUACAUAAAGUUGUAUUUGUAUUGAAUUUUAUAAAUAUAUUGUAAAUAAAAGAACAGUUACCAUAA